AUGGGUAAGGUUGGAAGGCACCGCAGUGGGUCAUCUGGUCCAAGCUCCCCACUCGAGCAGGGUCAUCCCAGAGCACACGGCAUUGCAUUCAGACCGUUCUUGAGUAUCUCCAGUGAGGGAGACUCCACAAGCCCUACGGGCAAGAAGCUCUAUCCUCCAACAAAAGACGCCCCACGAAAUGAAACGGAGUUUGCUUUAAAAGCAGAACACAGCAAACAGAGAGGUCCCGCUGGCCCGGCCCACGGCGCUCCCGCACCCGCUGAGUGGCCCCGGCCCCCCCUGCGUCGCGCCCUGCCCGGCCUCCUCCCGCGGCGGCUCCGCUCGCUCGGCUGCUCCGGCCUCGCCAUGUCCGCUUCCAGCUCCUCGGCGGCCGCGCUGCGCCCGGCCACUCACCUGAUCUUUGACAUGGACGGGCUGCUGCUGGAUACAGAGCGUCUGUAUUCAGUAGUGUUCGAAGAGAUCUGUGGGCGUUUUGGAAAAUCAUAUACCUGGGAUGUGAAAUCCUUGGUUAUGGGUAAGAAACCCCUAGAAUCGGCAGAAAUUAUUCGAGAUGUUCUAGAUCUUCCAAUAACCAAAGAAGAGCUACUAAAUGAAAGUAAAAUCAUGCAGAAGAAGCUAUUCUCUACUACUGCAUUAAUGCCAGGGGUCGAUAAGCUGAUCCGUCAUUUACACAAACACAACAUACCCAUGGCUGUUGCCAGCAGCUCAGAUGAAGUCUCAUUUCAGCUGAAAACAACCAGACACAAAGACUUUUUUGGUCUUUUUCAUCAUGUUGUGUUGGGAGAUGACCCUGAGGUGAAGUGUGGCAAGCCACACCCUGAUCCAUUUCUGGUUUGUGCAAAGAGAUUUCACCCUCCUGCACCUCCAGAGAAGGAUCAUAGAAUAUCCAGAGUUGGAAGGAACCCACAAGGAUCAUCAAAGUCUAACUCCUGAGUCGGCACAGGACAGCCCCAGGAAUCACAUAAUGUUCCUGAGAGCACUGUCCAAAUGCUGUAAGGCUUGGUGCCAUGACCACUUCCCUGGGGAGCCUGUUCCAGUGCCCAACCACCCUCUGGAUGAAGAACCUUUUUCUAAUAUCCAACCUAAACCGCCCCUGACACAACUUUGGGCCAUUCCCUCGGGUCCUGUCACUGGUCACCACAGAGAAGAGAUCAGUGCCAGCACUUCCUUGCAUGAGGAAGCUGUAGACUGCUAUGAGAUCUCCCCUCGGUCCCCUCUUCUCUGUGGUAGGGCAGAGUUGCACUGCCUUAUGAUUACUAAAUGUGGGGAAAAUUGCCCUAACCAUCCCAACACCUGUUUUCAAUUACUGAAAUUACUUGUGGCAGUGAUUUUGGCAUUAGUAGCAGUAGCAGUGCUAAUAAUAUUGAUAAUAAAUGCAAUAUGAAUUGCAGAGACCAUGUGUCUGACAGUAUAGGUCAUAAUUUUUUGGAUUGAUGAAUGCCAAAAGCUGCUUUGGAUUGUCCAUAACCAAAAAUUCAAACUGAAUACUAUGUAAUGGCAAGAAGAGAUGCUUCAUUAUAUAAAUUCUGGAAUGAACUCCAGAAGUAUUAUCUUUUAUUUUAUAAAAUUUCAGAACAUAUGAUUUUAAUAUAUUUAUCUUAUAUAUUUAUUAUUCAAUAUUCUGAAUUUAAAAUACAAAAUCUACAUAAAUAAUGUAUGAUUAUUUUUAAAAACUUUGCUUCCAAACUGCAAUCUUUAAUGAUUGUGACUGUUGUGAGGCAUGGAACUUCUGCCUGACUAAACUAUCUCUUCUCUAAAUCUAACCUUGCAAUCUAAUUGCUGAUUUUCUUUCUCAUCAUUGCUUUGAAAGAAUUAAGCAAAUAGAGCAUGUCUUUGACAGCACUCCUCUGAAAAGUGAUUUUUGUCUUACUCUCCACUCAUCCAAAGUCCUACUAUUGACCUAGGUAGUGGCCUUCCCCAUCUUGUGUAUGUAGGAAAUGCCACACCUGUAAGUGAAACCACUGCUUUUGCCAUUUUGUAAAGUUGGUUUGGAAAAGUUAAAUUGCCUGCUUAUAAAGGUAUUUAAGCAGUUGCUUAACUUUAAGCUUCUGAUUAAACUCAUCCCUAUAAAAAACAAAGCACUUAGGAACAUCUGGAUAACAAGUUUCUGGGAUUUAAGUAUGUCUAUUGAUGUUUUUUGAAUUUAAAUUAAUUAAAGGUUAAUUACCGUGCAGAUGUUUGAAUUGAGACAUUUGCCCUUGUUCUGAUUAGGAGUGUCUAACCUAGUAAUGGAAUUCAGUUUUUCUACUAAGUUUCAUUUGGGAUCAUUCUCUCUUUUAAAACAAACUAUUUAAAGUUCAUAGUAACAUUAUUCUUUAUUUUUUUCCCCUGACCUCCUUG